GCAUCUCUCAAAGUUCACUCUUUCUUCACACAAAAAAGUCAUCUGUGGACGACACGCAGCGUCAAAUUUGCGAUAUUUUCCCAAAAUUUCAAUAUUUCUACCGCGAUAAAUCGCUUCAACUAGUGUGUAGUUUCUUUUCCCGAUCGCCAGCUCCAUUUUGCUGGUGAUUUCAUUGGUUUUUGGUUUUGAAAAAGGUUAUUUGAUUUGCCUCGGUCGCGUGACCCUCUUGGACGGACUGGAUGCCUGCCGGUCAGAUUUGCAGAACAAAACAAAGAAGUAAAAACUCCCCUCCCUAGAUAUCGGGCACGAUAGUAUAAAGGGGUCAAACGAGUUUUGCAAAUUGGAGAAUCCUACGAGGAGAAGGGAGACAAACUAGAGAAGACGCUCCUGAACCAGAUUCGCGCUCUUUGUGGAAGCUGCCGGUGUUGCGCGAAGCUAAAUUUCCCUUUCGUUUUGUAAAGAACACCCAUCUAUCCACCCAUCCACAAUCACACGAGUUUUUGGGCCUUUCUCUGGUUGUUGUUUUGUGGCGCGUAAAUUAGCUCGCCACGAAAUAGUAACGGGACUCUUCAGCAGCAACAGCGGCCUGUGGUCAGUCGCCCGCCGAAGCGUAACAAAACACAGACAAACAUUUGCAAAAACAGCGACAAAAUGACGUGGGAACCGCAGGCAGAAGGAUUGAAUCAAAUCAUCACGCUGCUGAAGCAAUCGCAAUCGACAGACAAUGCGAUUCAGCGUGCCGUACAGAUGAAACUAGAAGAGCUGAACCAGUUUCCAGAUUUUAACAACUAUUUAAUUUACGUGCUAACCAAGUUGAAAACUCAAGAUGAACCAACCCGAUCGUUGUCGGGUCUGAUACUGAAGAACAACAUCCGCAUACACGCAACUCACCUUCAGCCAGCGAUUAUCGAGUAUAUCAAGCAGGAAUGUUUGAUGGCCCUGGGAGAUCCGUCGCCUCUGAUCCGCGCAACAGUGGGUAUCCUGAUAACAACCAUUGCCAACAAGGGCGGUCUCCAAACGUGGCCCGAGCUCCUUCCGACGCUGUGUGACAUGCUCGAUUCGCAAGAGUACAGCGUUUGCGAAGGUGCAUUUGGCGCUUUGCAGAAAAUUUGCGAAGAUUCGGCCGACACUUUGGAUAGCGCUGCCCUGAAUCGCCCGUUGAACAUCAUGAUUCCGAAGUUCCUGCAAUUUUUCCGUCACUCGAGCCCCAAGAUUCGCUCGCAUGCCAUCGCCUGCAUCAACCAGUUCAUCAUCAACCGAACGCAAGCCCUGAUGCUCCACAUCGAUACGUUCAUCGAGAAUCUGUUCCAUCUAUCCUCGGAUGAGGACCGAGAAGUGCGGAAGAACGUUUGUCGGGGUUUGGUUAUGCUGUUGGAGGUGCGAAUGGACCGCUUGAUGCCCCAUAUGAACAACAUUAUCGAGUACAUGCUGAUCCGAACGCAGGAUCCUGAUGAAACGGCGCUGGAGGCAUGUGAAUUUUGGCUUUCGUUGGCCGAGCAAACCAUUUGCAAGGAAGCACUCACGCCACAUUUGGCGCAGUUGGCACCGGUGCUUGUUCGGGGUAUGAGAUACUCUGACAUCGACAUAAUCAUCUUGAAGGGUGAUGUCGAAGAGGACGAAAUGAUUCCGGAUCGAGAGGAAGACAUCAAACCACGAUUCCAUAAAUCGCGAACGCAUACACAAAAAGCCGGUAAUAUGAAUUCGCAGGAUCAAGGUGCCAGACCGAUGGAAGGAAACGAUGAGGAAGAGGACAUGGAUGAUCCUUAUGACGACAUGGACGAUGACAGUAAUCUGUCCGAUUGGAAUCUGCGCAAAUGCAGCGCAGCAGCAUUGGACGUUUUGGCCAAUGUCUUCAAGGACGAUUUCCUCCCGAUCCUCUUACCGAUUCUGAAGGAAACCCUGUUCCAUCAAGAUUGGCAGAUCAAGGAAAGUGGAAUCCUGGCCUUGGGUGCCAUUGCCGAGGGAUGCAUGAAUGGGAUGAUUCCACAUUUGCCGGAGUUGAUUCCGUAUCUUAUUUCGUGUCUUUCGGACAAGAAAGCGCUGGUACGUGCAAUCACUUGUUGGACGCUCUCCCGAUAUGCUCAUUGGGUUGUCAGUCAGCCGCACGAUCAGUACUUGAAACCGCUGAUGGAGGAACUUCUGAAACGCAUUCUCGAUGCGAACAAACGUGUCCAGGAAGCAGCUUGUUCAGCAUUCGCCACACUCGAGGAGGAAGCAUGUACGGAAUUGGUUCCUUAUUUGGGAUUCAUACUCAAAACCCUGGUAUUUGCCUUCGGUAAAUACCAACACAAAAAUCUGCUCAUCCUGUACGACGCGAUCGGAACCUUGGCGGAUUCCGUUGGCCACCAUUUGAACAAACCGGAGUACAUCAACAUGCUGAUGCCACCGUUGAUUCAGAAGUGGAACAUGCUUAAAGACGAAGACAAAGACCUGUUUCCGCUGUUGGAGUGUUUGUCCAGUGUGGCAACGGCGCUGCAGUCUGGAUUUUUACCAUACUGCGAACCGGUGUACAGAAGAUGCAUAUCGUUGAUACAGCAAACGCUGAAUCAGGAUCUUGCGAGUACUGCCAGUCCCGGACAGUUCGAGCUUCCGGAUAAAGAUUUCAUGAUCGUAGCUCUGGAUUUACUAUCUGGACUGGCUGAAGGACUCGACGGUCAUAUUGAGUCCUUGGUGGUCAGUAGUAACAUCAUGCAGCUUCUUUAUCAGUGUAUGCAGGACUCAAUGCCUGAAGUUCGGCAGUCUUCGUUCGCACUACUUGGGGAUUUGACAAAGGCCUGCUUCCAGCACGUCCACCCAUUCAUUGCCGAUUUCUUGCCCAUAUUGGGCCAGAACCUGAACCCGGAGUACAUUUCAGUGUGCAAUAAUGCUACUUGGGCCAUCGGUGAAAUUAGCAUAAAGCUUCGUGAUGAUACGAAGCCGUACAUCCCGUUGGUGUUGGCACAGCUCAUUGAAAUCAUCAACAAUCCUAAUACUCCAAAAACACUUUUGGAAAAUACAGCAAUAACAAUUGGUCGACUCGGUCUUGUGUGCCCCCUAGAAGUGGCUCCUUCAUUGCAACAGUUUGUGCGACAGUGGUGUUCAUCACUCCGAAACAUUCGGGAUAACGAAGAGAAAGAUUCCGCCUUCCGUGGUAUGUGCCAAAUGAUUACCGUUAAUCCCGUCGGAGUGGUACCGGAUUUCAUCUUCUUCUGUGACGCUGCAGCCUCGUGGAUGAGCCCGAAGGCAGAUUUGCACGAAAUGCUACAAAAGAUUCUGCUCGGCUUCAAGACCCAAGUGGGUGAGGAGAACUGGAGUCGGUUUGUCGAACAAUUCCCUCAGCAGCUCAGUGAGCGUUUGGCAGUGAUGUACAGCAUCUAAGAGCUGACAUGUAACGAUGGUUCUGCGGUCCAUGCAGCGGUAUGUAGAGGCGCAUUUUAACGUUUUUUUCUUUAAAAUAAUCAAGAACAUUGUGCUUGAGAAACAUUACAAACCUUAGCAUCACAGUUGGAGUGGGACUAGGAUCGAAAGGGUUACAGCAGGAAGAAACAUUCGGUGUUUGGAGAUACUUUUGACUCGAUACUAUUUAUGGUAUCAGUAACAGUCGGUGGAUAGCUGGUUAGAACAGUACUGCUACAGUAAAUUACUUGGUAGAGUGAAGUACUGAAAAUUCGUUGUAUACAGUUUGCAUUUUUAUAUCAUGGAAAUUCAUAGGGUCCGUUUUAAAACAAUGUUUUUAUUUCAAAAGUUCAGCUUGUCGUGUCUUACCAAUUCGAAGAAAAAUAAAAGAAAACAAUUUAA